GGAUUAAGUUUAUCAGAUUUUGAAGUGAUUUGUACAUUAGGAACGGGAACGUUUGGAAAAGUUUUGUUAGUCAAACUAAGAUCAUCAUCACAAGACAGAUCAAGCGAUGAAUUCUAUGCAAUGAAAGUUUUAUCAAAAGUAGAAAUCGUAAGAUUAAAACAAGUAGAACAUAUGAAUUCAGAAAAAGAUUUAUUAGCCUUAGUGUCUUCACAACAACCUGAACCGAAAGGUUGUGUGAAAUUGAAUUGUACCUUUCAAGAUGAACGUAACUUAUAUAUGAUGUUAGAGUUUGUACAGGGUGGUGAAUUGUUUAGUCAUCUUAGACGAGCUGGUCGGUUUACAUCGGAUGUGGCUAGGUUCUUUGCGGCUAAUGUCUUGUUGGCCUUACAAGGUUUACAUGAUUUGGAUAUCGUUUAUAGAGAUUUGAAACCUGAGAAUAUCCUUUUGGGUCCCAACGGUUACAUUAAAUUGACGGAUUUCGGAUUUGCUAAGAAAGUACCAGAUCGAACGUGGACUCUAUGUGGUACACCAGAAUACCUAGCCCCUGAAAUCAUUCAAUCUAAAGGUCAUGGAAAACCAGCAGAUUGGUGGGCAUUUGGAGUGUUACUGUAUGAAAUGUUAUCGGGAUUUCCACCAUUCUUUUGUUCAGAUGGAUCAGGACCAUUUGGGAUUUAUGAAAAGAUUUUGAGUGGUGAAUUAGGAUUUCCAUCACAUCUUGAUUUAUUAGCACAAGAUUUGAUCACUAGACUCUUGAUGAAUGAUCGAUCUAAACGAUUGGGAAACUUGAAAGGUGGUGCUAAUGAUAUUAGAGAUCAUCCUUGGUUUGCUGGUGUGGAUUGGGAUGCAUUGGGUCGUCAAACGAUUCGAGCUCCAAUCUUACCUAGGAUAGGUGUACCGGGAGAUUCAUCGAAUUUUGAAAAAUACCCGGAAGUUAGAUUAGAAGAUUUGCCUGGAAUGAUG